GCAAGCAAGCAAGCAAGCAAGCAAGCAAGCAAGCAGCACCCGGCUCCCCCCGCAACAGCAACACUACUACUGCACGAUCGGCGACUCUUGUGGCAUCUGAUCCCUGUUCCCGUUCUCGCAACAUCGCAUCUCUCUUUCCAUUCUCAUCCACCACCGCCCACCCUCAUCCUCCAUCCCCACCACCACACCGCCCACCCCCUCCAUCAACCACCCUCGCCACCGCCCACCGCUCACCCCCGACCUCGCCCCCGACUGCGACAUCGGUCACCCCUUCCCUAUCUAUCCAGCGACCGUCUCUUCCCGAAUCAUCCCCCUUGCACACACGCAUUUCAUCCCCCGGCCUACCCCGCCCUGCACAGAGAAAGGAUCCCAGAACCAUAUCCUCUCGUCGGUCCCCCAAACUCGAGCACACCGUCUUUGACCGCGUAUCAAAGGUUUCUCCGCCCUUCUUUUCAAUUUUCCCCAGUGCAGCCUUGGGUGUGCAUCUGGCCCUAUUGAGAGAGUCCUGUGAUUCUCACCGGCCCGCGAUACCACCAUGUCUGUCCCCGCACCUCAAGGUUUCGAGAAUGCCGACGGGGUGUACACCACCUUUGACGCCCAAAGGUCUCAACCUCAACCACCACAACGUCCCGCCCCGCAGCCUCAGCAACACCAACGGCAGCCCUCGUCGCAGCCUGUGGCAGGACCGAGCAACUACAAUGGGCAAUUUGCCAUCCCCGCGUAUAACCACAAUCCGCCGCAACCCCAGCAUCCGGUUCCAUUGCAUCUCCAGCCGUCGCCGUAUUCGUUGCCGUCAGGGAGCAUGGUACCGAGCUAUCACCAGGGCGUGAGCGUGGCUUAUCAGGGAGGAGCGGGGGGGUACGGGGGGUCGAAUUAUCAUUUCGGGGGAAUGCCGGGGGUACCGCCGCCUAUGCCUGCUGUACCGGGCGAAGAAAAGUCGGGGGAUGGUGAAUCAGAUGCCGCGACGGUGAAACAUCGACGACGAACGACGCCGGAGCAACUCAAGGUGUUGGAGUUUUGGUUCGAGAUCAAUCCGAAGCCGGAUAACCAGUUGAGAGAGCAGUUGGCGGCGCAGUUGGGCAUGACAAAGAGGAACGUCCAGGUUUGGUUCCAGAAUCGGCGAGCAAAGGUGAAGGGUCUCGCCAAGAAAGAGGCCGAAGGAAACAAGACUGGCUCUUCCGGCGAUCUCUCCUCCAGCCAUACCCCUCAAGACCCCUCUUAUGUCGACCCCCACUACCCCUCAUUCCUCCAACCCAACCCGCCUCACUCUUUCCCCAUGGGUCGUCGAGCCUCGCUCGCCAACGGCGAAGCAGCCAAGAUCGAGAUGUUUGUCGCCAAGCGAGCUGCGGCGCAGAAGCAAGAGGAGGUACUGAGUCAUGUCAAGUCGAAUUCGGGAUCGGGCCACGGGCUGGGACCUGCGACGGGGACGACGGGGACGGGAACCGAUUUGGGCCAGGCGAAUGCGGCGAGGAGGGGUAGUAUCCCUUAUCCUUCACCCGUGACGUCGCUCCCCCCACCGCCUCCACCUCAACAACUCCCAACGCCGAUGAGCCCCAAGUUUUCCCCUGCCGCAAGGGCAGGGCCAUCAGCGCUUCAUAUCGCUGCUAUCCGCAACAACACCCGUCGAGCGAGUAUGCCUGGUGCACCACAGCUUAUUUCGAGUGGGCCGUUCACGCCGCCGAGGGUGGUGGGUGCGCAGUUGCCCGGGGCGGUGGCGGGAGGGAGGGCGAGAGAGUUGAGCCCGAUCAGGGAUCAUGAGGUUUAUGGCGAGUCGGAGAGCUGGGGGUUCUUGCCGCCUCCUGCCGAGUAUGACGCCGCGACUUUCUUGGAUGAUUCGCCCCUUCCCAACCCGACAUUUUCAUUUGGCUCUGCGCCGAGCGACCCGCCCGCGCCGCCCCCGCUUCAACACCAUUCCUCGUCCCAAUCGUCCUCGAACCCGCAACUUUCGUCGAGACAUUCGUCGGAUAGUCAUGACGAGGCGCAGAGGCAGCAGCAGAUGUUUAUGAUGAUGCAGCAGCGGGGCAGGUUGGGGAGUAUGGCGUCGAUAGGGACGAUGGGGACGGAGAAUGGGACGACGGAUGGGGAGGAUUCCAGUGGGGAGUGGUUGGUGGACGCUUUGCCGGAAGGGUUUGAGCCGGAUGCGAGGAGAGCGUCUGCUCCGGCGGAUCUGCUACAUCAGAUUGGGAUUAUGGGUCUGACGCCGAAUGUCGCCGGUUUGAACGGCAUGAGCGGUCCCGUCCGCCCUUCGCCUCUCAACACACAUUUCACACCCGAGUCUUACCACCUCUACACCCCCCACUCUGCCUCCUCCACAUCCACCUUCCCCAUGUCGCACCCCGGCUCCGACUCGAUUUCGAACGAAAGCCCCACCCUGGCGCACUUUGGCAAGGAUGUGCACUCGCAUGGCCAUCUUCUCGCGCAUGCGCAGCCGCAUGGGCAUCAUCAGUAUGGGCAACAUAAUCCGUUUGAUGGGUUUGAGCGGUGGGAUGCGUCGGGUGGGGCUUUGGGUCAGCGAGCUGGGACGUUGGGCGGCGGAGCGAGGCCAGGGCAGAUGCCGCCUCUUCCUGCUGCCGAUUAUCAUGUCAACCUGCUGCCGCAUGGGCAAGAGAGCCAUAAUGGGAGUGGGGAGAGCGAGGAGGGAAAGGAUGAUUUCCUCUAUUUGACGGACUUUGGAGGAGGGUCGCAUGAUGCUGUGAAUGUGCUUGUGUAGAUCUUGUAGACGGUCUCGGUGGUUUUCUGUGGACUUUUGUCUGGGCGUGUUUCAUGUGUGCUUUUGCGUUUGGAGCUUUUGUCAUCUUUUUUCAAUUUUCCAUCUUUCUUAGAUUGGGGGUCCCGUUUGAGUUUUCAUAACACAUAUACACGCAUUGGUCUUAUUCAUUCAAAUUUUGUGUCAUCUGGGCCCCUUGGUGAGGUAGUUACAAUCCCUCUGUAGAUAUCAUUGUUGUGUACGAGUAUGAAUACUGGAACGCUGCG